CGGAGAGAUACCGUAAUGUACGCACACACCAAGACCAGAUAACAGGUCCAGGAUGGAGAGCAAACAUGAACACACUUAUGAACAUAUACACGCACGUUUUUGUUUUUUCUUUCACUGCGGACUGGCGGUACGGUGGAGUGGACGCGUUGCUCUUUGUGAUUAAGCCGAUUGAUCAUUUGAGGAAAAUGUGCAUGAUGUACUGCAGCGUAUGAAACUUCUGGAUGGACAGAAGCUCAGUACGGUUUUCACUCGAAGCCAGAAUGAGAAGAACAGCAGGAGUGUCUUAACCAAGAAGCUACAGAGCAACAACUUAUCCUCAGCAGAGGCCACGCCCACCAUGGAGGAGCUGGACUCCGGGGAAGAGAGCAAGAAGGAAACCUCGCUGCAACAGCUGGGAUUCACCCAGGCAGACACCGCUUUCUUAUUCCCACCUGCUCUGCCCCCCAACCCGGUCAGCCCGCUCACUCACCUGGGGACGCUGCUGCCGGGACACGACGCACCGAAGACCGGCGGAUUGGACAGGAGACUGGUCCCGAGCUUCCAAGGCUGUCAGUUACUGGGAACAAGGGAACCAGGAAGAGAGGCCCACGCAGACCAGACCAUCAUCAUCCUGCACGCCAAGGUCGCUCAGAAGUCCUACGGCAACGAAAAGAGGUUCUUCUGCCCUCCACCUUGUGUUUACAUCAGUGGUACUGGAUGGAGAGUCAUGCAGGACCAUUUGAAAGCGGCUGGUUACGGAGACGCUGUGUAUCGUGUGUGCGGUUACAUGUGUCUGGACAGCUCCAGUCAGUCGCAGGCAGACUCAUUUAAGCUGGUCUUUGAUGAGCAGCCAAACUCCAGGAUGUUUGCCUGCGCCAAGUCCCUGUUCGUCUCCGAUCAGGACAAGAGGAAGCAUUUCUCCCUGCUGCUGCGACUCUUCCUGGGAAACAGACAGGAAGUGGGUUCUUUCCAGAGCAGGAUGAUCAAAGUCAUCUCCAAACCCUCCCAGAAGAGACAGUCUGUGAAGAACGCCGACCUGUGCAUCUCGUCUUGCUCCAGAGUCGCUUUGUUCAACCGUUUGCGCUCUCAGACGGUCAGCACUCGUUACCUCUCAGUGGACAGAGGAGCUUUCAUAGCCAGCGCCCGACAGUGGACGGCCUUCACCAUCACCACGGUGGAGGACCAGCGUGCUGAUCAAGGAGGCUUUGUGCUGAGCGAAAGCUUCAUCUGUUAUGGCUGUGUGGUCCAGUUAGUGUGUACUGAUUCUGGAGUAGCUCUGCCUCCCAUGGUGAUUCGGAAGGUCAACAAGCAGCACGCCAUCCUGGACGUGGACGAACCGGUUUCUCAGCUCCACAAGUGUGCCUUUCAGUUCAGAGACAAUCCUCAGGCCUACCUGUGUCUGUCCAAUGACACCAUCAUACAGUACCAGGCUCCGGCCAGUGGCAGAGACCCCAGCAGAGUGGUGCUGAAUGAUGGAUCCUGCUGGACCAUCAUCGGAGUUGAAGCGGUGGAGUUCACGUUUAAUCAGGGUCUGGCCUGCAUCCAGACGCCAGUUAGUCCUUUUCCUGUUAUCACUGGUUUAGAGGUGAAUGGUGGAGGCCACGUUGCCAUGCUGGAGAUCCAUGGAGAAAACUUCAGUCCACAUCUCAAAGUCUGGUUUGGCAACAGCGAAGCUGAGACCAUGUUCAAGUCUCCCAAGUCCCUGCUCUGCGUUGUUCCUGACGUCUCUGUCUUCAGUAACGGCUGGCGCUGUCUUCGCCGCGCCGUCACCGUGCCCCUGUCCCUUGUCCGACUUGACGGCCUGAUUUAUCGCACAUCCUUCACCUUCACCUACACACCUGAGCUCCUGCCGCCUCCAUCUGCCCGAGGCGCUGCAGGAGGAGGAGGAGUAGGAGGAGGCGGAGGGAAGAUAGAGGAAGGGAUGGACAGAAGCCAGGAAGACGACAUCCUGUUAGAGACCAUCCACCAGGAGUUCACCAGAGCCAAUUUUCACCUCUUCAUGCAGAGUUAACUGAUUCUUCAAGUGAAGGCGGAGUCUUCAGGGUCGUGGGAUUUGCUGGAGUCUUACCCAGCUGUCUUCGGGCGAGAGCCAGAGUCCACCCUGGACAUGUUGCCAUGUCGCCAUCGCAGGGUUGACACAGAGACAAACAACCAUUCACAACAACAUGCAAACUCCACCCAGAAAGGCCUGAGUCGGACUCGAAUCUGGACCUUCUUGCUGGGAGGUAUCAGCGCUAACCACAGAGCUACUGUGCCACCCUCGAUUUAAAGUGAUAUUUUUUUUUUGUUUAUCACAGACUUUGAGCGAUAAGACAAUCCUACAUUUUUAAGAUGUCGUCUUUUCUCAUCCUUUUUUUAAGAUGUAAGAGGGAUGCAACUAAGAAACAGGGAUGUUGUUCAGUGCUAACCGUUUCAGAAUGGUUAGCAUUGUCAAGUUAUCAUGAAACCCUGUUUACUGGUACACGGUGAAGGGUGGCCUUUGAUUUUCAGGACAUAAGCUUAAUUCAGUGCAAUCAAUACACAUUCGUAAGAAUAAAGAUACUAAUUUUAAUAAAUAA